CAGUAAGUUCCACAGCAGUUAGAGUUCCGGGUAGCGCGUGUGAGGCGGAGCUCCGCAGUUCCGUCUGCUUCAUCCGCAGCGGCUCCCUGUCUGUCUCGUUGCAUUCUCCAGAGAGGGACGGACCUCCACUUCCUCUAUCAGAAAAAUGUCUGCUCCAGCUCAGCCACCCGCUGAAGGAACAGAAGGGGCUGCCCCAGGUGGAGGUCCUCCUGGUCCUCCUCCUAAUUUGACCAGCAACAGACGACUACAGCAAACCCAGGCACAAGUGGAGGAGGUGGUGGACAUCAUGCGUGUGAAUGUGGACAAGGUCCUAGAGAGGGACCAGAAGCUGUCAGAGUUGGAUGACCGAGCUGACGCCUUGCAGGCCGGAGCGUCACAGUUUGAGAGCAGCGCUGCCAAGCUGAAAAGGAAGUACUGGUGGAAAAACUGCAAGAUGAUGAUCAUGCUGGGAGCUAUCUGUGCCAUCAUCGUGGUCGUUAUUGUAAUCUACUUUUUUACUUGAGAAUGUGCCAUCCCGUCCCUGUUCUCCAUUGUCAUCCAAGUUCAUGUCUUUUUCUUCCUGUCUGCUCUCUCAGCCAACUCCUUCAUCUGCCUGUCUCCAUUCUAGCCCAGGCUUCUCCGUCACCCAUGCCUCCUUUUCUGUUGCAACUGUUUGCACUCUUCCUUCACACCAGAAAUGCUGCGCGUGGCCGGUCGUGACGUCACUACCCAAAGAGCAACAGCUGGCACCCCCUCCUCACCCCAGAGCUUAAAAGUGCUGUGGCCAGGGUGUCUGAGAAGCUGGCAUGGCCGAGGGAAGGAGAAGGGUGUUUGUCUCCAGCUAGGCUGGCCUUCAGCACGAGGGACCCAGACUACUUGGGAAGUAAUGACUUGCUGCCUGUUUUAUAUAAUAGUUGGUAACCACUACCCUGGAAUCUUUCCUUCAUACCAGGCUGGUCUUGGGUCCCAGAGGUCUGUGUAAAGACAGAAGUCAAACUGGAAUUUUGUAGUUACUGCUUGUCUGUCAGUGUAAGAUGUUCUGUGUCUUUGGGGAACUUUACAGCCUUAGACGUUGUUCUCUGUGGGCCUAGAAAACAAGUACUCACUGAUUAUAAAAACAGCAGGAGACUCUUACAUCUUCCUAGAAGCCAUCCCACAUGCUUCUGUCUAGGAGGAGCUGAUGUCUCCUCACCUUUUCUGAGCUGUUCUGUGUUGCUCAUGAGGGCACCAAAUGAUUCCAGUCAGCUUUGAAAUAGCAAGCAUUUGGGAACAUGCUGCUUGCCAUCUCAUUAUUGAAGUUCAGCCUCCCUUGCUGUUGAUAAUGGGAACUGGGUGUGAAAUGGUGAGACUCCCAGGCUCCCACAGAACCCCUUCCUCCACACCUUUCUCUCAUUCUUGCCUGACAUAGGGAUGUGGCAGGAAGGCCUUUCCAGCAAAGCCCGAAGCUCAGUCUUGGAUGGGAGGGGUGCCAGCCUGUGACAGGUGUGCUGAGCACUGUGCCCGUGACAGGUGUUCUGUGCACUGCGCCCGUGACAGGCGUGCUGCGUACUGCGCCUGUGACAGGUGUGCUGCGCAAUGUGCCCGUGACAGGUGUUCUGUGCACUGUGCCUGUGACAGGCGUGCUGUGCACUGCUGUGCCAGCAUGGGGCCUCACAUCUGGAGCUGUCUGCUUCUCCUCCUUCAGUAUCUUCUCUGGAACCAUUCCCCCCCUCCCCCGUCUGAAUUCUGCAUUGCCUCCUCUCCUCCACUCCCUUUGCAUGCCCUGUGCGAAUAGAUGCUGAAACCUGAGGAUGGGAGCUGCUGCUGAGCCUCACAGAGGAUGCGCAUGCCAUAAACCCAGGUGCUAGGGGGGAGUGCAGGAGGGGGUGCUCUCAGGACUUUAUUACUUCUGUCCUCUGGUCCACAAGCAGGAGGAGGCUGGGGCCGUGCCAGCCCGCAUGCCCCCUUUCCACGCAGCAGCAUUUCACUCUGCAAAACCAUCCUUCUUUCCCUUUGCCCAUUUCCCACAUUCCCUUUGUCCUGCCUCAGGGCGGGACUGAAGAGCUGAAGAAAGCAGUCAGUGUACUCUCCCAACGUCCCCUCGAAGCUCUCCACUAUCCUCUGGGCUUCUCUUUGCCUAGUGCAGGGGGGGGUCAUCGCUGGAGAAGAACCGACACUGUCCUCGAUGUACUCCGAGCCUGGAGCAAAUUUACCCGGUUGGCCCACCCAGUCCUAGCACGGGAAUUCAUUCCUGGGUUUCUGUCCCGCUAAGGCUUACCAGGUGUAGUUGGUUUUGUUCUUUUGGGGUGUUAGCUCUUUUACUUUCUUUUUCACCCCAGCCCGAGCCCUCUUCUGUGUUUUUGCAGUCUCUUUGCUCCUACCACCCAUGUGCAUGAGCAGUUAUGCCUCUAACCCUGGGACUUUGCAGCCAGUGAAGCCAAGCUUCCCACAUCCCCUUCUUUGGUUUGUCAUGAGACGAUGUGGGGUUUCUUUCCAUUGUGUCUGUCAUUGCCUCUGUCUUUUUCCUAAGCCAGUCUCAUAGUUUAUGUAUAGAGUAGUAAGAGUUGUAUUUCCACCAAAGGCAUGUGACAUAUCUACCAAUUUCAUGUAUUCUCAACGACGGCGAAAAAUACAAAUUCCUUCCACAACAUCA